UGUCUAAAGCCUUUCCAUACUGGUGCUCGAUGUUUUCAGUUUGGGGACACCAAAAUUAGUGUACCGCUAAAGACACGUGGUCGACACGUUGUUGACACUUUGUUGACACUUUGUUGACACGUGACCCAAUUACCGGCCUACCAAGUGCCUUUGGCGACCGCUAACAGCAACUGUGGAACAGUGCAGUGCCCUUUUUUGGAGCAACGUACGAGUAGUGCCCAUGGAUUAUGACCCCGCGACCCCAAUCUACGUGGCGGUCCGCAAUUCGCUACUUCAUACUGACUGGCGUCCGGCAUCGUCCCGAAUUUGGCCACAAUCUGCUCUCGGGACCCCUGACCUGCUCCAUCUCCGCCAUCGUCAAUGUACUGCGCAUCCACCCAGGCCAGGACUGCACUUACUUACGGGAAGGAGUAUUUGCAAGAUGGAACCUGGGAACUGGAAGACGACGAAGAGGAAGCGUGGGAAUCCGGCGGCAAUGGCUGGGAUGACUGAACUUACGGGAAGGAGUGCUUCCAAGAUGGGAGACGAAGAAGAAGAAGCCGCUGAAUCCGGCGGCAAUGGCUGGGAUGCUGCGUUCUCGAGAGGAAGCGUUAUUUCUGCAUUCCAAGAAGGACGGCACAAUGUGUCGGACUGUCCGCGUCGCAUUGAACUGGUCCGAUGAGGCUGCUAUUGCACACACAGUGAGGGAACUUCCAUACGGGAACUCGGAAGUACUGCUACAGUACAGGUAUAUCACCCCGUGACGACCACAUCGAAGUCUGAAAUUGAAGUGUGUAUUUUUCCAUUGCUUUUAUUGUGCUUCUACUGUGCAUGUGUGUAACCUGUGGGGUAUGCAUGUGAUGACAAUGUAUGCCGAUGACACGGUCAGAUUUUGUCCAUGCGUGUAACGUACACCUGCAUGCUAUCGUUGAAAAGGAUCUGCCACUUACGAUCUUCGGACGAGUAUCAGGUCAGCUUGGUUUUGUGUGGGCUGUACCAGAUGCUGUUCACUUCUCUAUCUGUUGGAUAUGUGACUUUCUGCAAGUUUCUGGUGUAUGGUGGCCACUUCUUUGCUCGUCUUUGUAUGACAUUACAAUAAUUCUGUAUUCACUGCUUCCAUGGUGUGGUCUGCAAACUGCAAUCCUUAGGCAAAUAUCAUCACGGUUUGCAAUGUUGUGCUUUGGCUGCUAGCUUACCUACACAUUGUAGUUGAAUUAUUUUUGUUUCACAACUGACUUCCUGAAGUAUGGUGGCCACUGCUUUGCAUGGCAUUAUACAAUGUUCA